GACGCGUGCGCAAUGUUGUGACAGACUGGAAACAGUCAAGUUGAAUUUAUUUUCUCGCAUUAUUUAUUAAUUUCUAUUUAUUUAAAUAAAUAACAAAUACACAAUGAAACGUUUGUCUGAAGAAAGAACAAAAUUACUAUUCGAAAAAUUAACAAAAUAUAUAGGGGACAAUGUUAAGCACUUGAUUGAUCGUCCAGAUGGAAUUUACUGUUUUCGGGAGAAAAAGGAUCGUGUUUAUUAUGCAUCGGAGAAAAUUUUUUCCAUUGCAAUGACUUUGGGUUCUGAUCGUUUAUUGAGCGUUGGAACGUGUUUUGGAAAAUUCACAAAAUCAGGAAAAUUUAAAUUACAAAUAACAGCUCUUAAUUAUUUAGCGCCUUAUGCUCAGUACAAAGUUUGGCUAAAAGCAUCAGCCGAACAACAAUUUUUAUAUGGCCAUCAUGUAAAUAAAUCAGGAUUAGGCAGAAUAACCGAGGGAACACAAAAAUAUCAAGGAGUUGUCAUCUAUAAUAUGCACGACUUACCACUUGGUUUUGGUGUUGUGGCGAAAAGUACAGCCGAUUGUAAAAAUGCAGAUCCAAUGUCAACUGUUUGCUUUCAUCAAGCAGACAUUGGAGAAUAUAUUAGAUCAGAAGACACAUUAUUAUAGUUCCGCGUCAUAUUUUUAUUUUAUAUUUUCUUAAAUAAUUAACUAAUGUAAAUAAAAUUUAACAAUUUUUAUUAAAAGAAAUUUGUUUCCACUCUGUA